CCUCGUGCUCCAGCUCUUGUCAAGAUGGCGGACUCGGCUCAGUUCACAGAAAACGGCAGCGCCGGGGCGGGUCCCGACGGUUUCGACGCCGCUUUUUACAGUUUCGGCGGCCCGGUAGACAACGAGGCUUUCGGCAACGCGACGGACUCGAAAGCCGAUGCGUCCAAAGGCGUGGGCGGCGGCGGCGGUGGCGGUGGUGUCGGCGGCGGCCCAGGCCACGAGGCCUCGGGGCGGGCGGGCGACGGGAGCCAGGCGGCGCCGUCGUCGCAGCAGCUACAGCCGCCGACCAACAAGGAGAUGGAAGGCUCGAAGAUCAACGCCAGCAAGAACGAGGAGGACGAGGGGAAGAUGUUUGUUGGUGGACUCAGCUGGGAAACAAGCAAGAAAGAUUUAAGGGACUACUUUUCUAAAUAUGGAGAAAUUGUAGACUGCGUAAUCAAAAUGGAUCCUGUGACUGGGCGUUCGCGAGGAUUUGGGUUUAUCCUCUUCAAGGAUCCUGAAAGUGUAGAAAAGGUAUUAAAUAAGGAACACAAACUUGAUGGAAGAGUUAUUGACCCCAAGAGAGCACAAGCUAUGAAGGGCAAAGAACAAAUCAAGAAAAUCUUUGUGGGUGGGUUGGAUCCUGACUGUCCGGAAGAAAAAGUGAGAGAAUACUUCGGAACCUAUGGAGAGAUUGAAUCAAUUGAACUUCCCAUGGAUACCAAGACCAACAAAAGAAGAGGGUUCUGCUUCAUCACAUUCAAAGAAGAUAAUCCAGUAAAGACGAUUAUGGAGAAGAAGUUUCACGAUGUGGGAACGAGCAAGGUGGAAAUCAAAUUGGCUCAGCCUAAGGAAGUGUACCAGCAACAGCAGUGGGGAGGCAGAGGUGGACUCACAGGAAGAGGAAGAGGUAGAGGAGGACAAAGUCAGACCUGGAGCCAAAGCUACAACAGUAACUAUUGGAACCCAAGUUAUGGAAAUUAUAACUAUGGCUAUAACCAGAAUUAUGGUGGAUAUAGUGGCUAUGACUACCCAGCAUACAACUAUGGCUAUUAUGGUUAUGGACAGGGAUAUGGUGAUUAUAACAGUCAACCAGGCACCUAUGGUAAAGCUCCUAGGAGAGGAGGAAGUGGCCAAACUCAGUAUAGGCCUUAUUAGAUGACUUGACUGUUCCGAAGCUCUCCAGGAACAAGGCGGCGGCAAAUAUAAUAACAAGAGGGAAUAGACAUCUUUUGAAAUCCUUUAAGUGAAGAAAUCGGUCACAGAUUUUUUUUGCAUUAUGGGCAGUGUUGAAUUUGGACUUUUUACUUUUCCUUUGUAUUUUUUCUUUUUAAAUGCAAGUAAUACUUGACUGUGACAUUGUUUUGUAAAGGGGACAAAAGUUCUUGUGUAAAGUUUUUAAACUAAUAUAAUGUACCACCAUUUAGUUUUACUGCUGGUGAGCACAUCGUGGAUCAGUGUGGCAGAUGUAAGGGGAAAAUGUGUUUUUUGUUGUAUGAGCUCUGUGAAAUAUUUCCAUUUGUAACUCCUCCUGCGUGAUUAAAUAAAACGUUUGUACAUGUU